AUGGAUUCCGUUAGUAGUGUACUGUUGUUCCUGCUGGCAUGCAUUUUCAUGCAUGUUGUUCUUUCACUGCAUGCAAGAACCAAAAAAACAAACCACAAGCUUCCUCCAGGACCUUCAUUUCUUACCGUCAUUGGAAACCUACCUGCAUUCUGCUUUAGGCCACAACAAACAAUGGCGAAGCUUGCCAAAGUGUAUGGCCCAAUAAUGCGUUUGAGGCUAGGCCAAGCAACAAGCAUAAUCGUGUCUUCACCAGAAUUGGCCAAAGCGGUUAUGCAGACACAUGACAUGUACUUAGCAGACAGAACAACUCCUGAUGUUACAACAGCCCACGACCAUCAUAAUCUUAGCUUGCCCUUCCUCUGUGUUAACCCUCUUUGGCAUAACCUAAGGAAAAUUUGCCAUAACCACUUAUUCUCCAACAAGACCCUCGAUGCAAGCCAAAACCUAAGACGCAAGAAACUGCAAGACCUCCUUGAUGAUAUGCACAGAAGCAGCUUAACCGGUGAAGCAAUUGAUGUUGGAAGAGCAGCUUUCAAGGCUUGCAUUAAUUUUUUAUCAUACACUUUUGUGUCUGAGGAUUUUGUUCGGUCUAUAGGUGAUGAAUACAAGGAUAUAGUGGCGACACUCUUGAAAGCAACUGGCACGCCAAAUGUGGUUGACUUUUUCCCAGUGUUGAGGAUGAUUGACCCUCAAGGCAUUAGAAGGAACACUUCUGCUUAUAUUACGAAGGUGUUCCAUCACUUGGACUGCUUGAUUGAGAAACGUUUGAAGCUAAGAGAAGGGGAAAAUUAUGUCACGAACAACGAUAUGUUAGACAUCUUGCUCGAUAUUUAUCAAGAGGAUAGCCAGAAGAUGGACAAAAAACUGAUCAAACAUUUUCUGCUUGAUCUACUUGUGGCGGGAACAGAUACAACUGCAUAUGCGUUAGAAAGGUCAUUGACUGAACUAAUACACAAUCCAGGAGAUAUGUACAAAGUCAAAAAGGAGCUUGAGGAAACCAUUGGAAUAGGGAAUCCUGUUGAGGAAUCAGACGUUGCUAGACUUCCAUUCUUACAAGCAGUAAUAAAAGAGACAUUGCGUUUAUACCCACCAGCUCCACUUUUACUACCUCGACGAGCGAGGACAGAUGUGGAAAUAGCAGGAUACACAAUCCCAAAGGGUACACAAGUGCUCAUCAAUGAAUGGGCUAUUGGUAGGAGUCAAAACAUAUGGGACAAUGCGAAUGUAUUUUUACCAGAAAGGUUCAUGGAAUCUGACAUUGAUGUGAAAGGUCGUCAUUUUCAGCUUACACCAUUUGGCAGUGGGAGAAGAAUUUGUCCUGGCUCACCGCUCGCUAUCAGGAUGUUGCAUUUGAUGUUGGGAUCUUUGAUCAACACUUUUGAUUGGAAACUUGAAAAUAACAUUCAACCUAAGGAUAUGGACUUGGACCAAUCCCUGCGAGCUGUUCCUGUUGCAAUAAGCAUCUAA